AUGUCAGAGCCUACGACAUCCAGCAGUGGCCACACACCUCAAGAUUAUUAUUCCAGUUUUACUCAGAAACCAAGCAUCCAAGAUAAAUUUCGCGACAUUGAUGAUGCCAGCAACCUGAAGCACUAUCGGGCUCUUUUGCAAGACCCUCAAGCAAGAAACUUUGUGCUCGACUUCGGCAAUGAAGAUGCAUGGUGUGCUGUGAACUUGGACCAGGAAGAGGUAGCGCUGCUACUGCGCAAGCCAAAGCCAAAUUGUUAUGGUACUCGGUGGAUUAAUAUAUGGGCCCCCGAGCAGCAAAAGGAUUUGAUAAAGUCCAUCACCAGUCACUAUGGUGUAUCGGAACGGCUACAGGGCAUGAUGUGCACAGACCCAGUCGAGCGUCCAUCGAAACCUCCGGUCCCUGCUGAGCCUUCACGAACUAGCUACUCUAGACACCGCGACCGGUUGCCCUCAAAUCGAUUGAACGACCUCGAAGAAGGCAAUGCACUCAGAAAUUUGACAAAUGCCGAGGAGAUUAGCGCACUGGCAUCGUUCAGGGGCCUCACCUUUGCCCACGUCAUCGACCAAAUAUGGCAUUUUUGCUCGGUGGAUUAUGGGCCAAGGUAUACUUGCGUCGGUUACAAUUCGAUCUAUGUGAUCCCAGGUCAUGAAAUGGACAAUGGGAAAGACUUACCGGCUGGUAGGCGGUUAUGGUCCUGGUUAAUUUUGUGCGAUGAUGGGACUGUCAUAAACAUGCAAGAGAAUCCGUUUCCUGGCCUAUCAAGCCCGUCGGAGAAAGAAAUCAAGGCUGUCCUUGGCGUGGUUCGCCGGAACCUGCAACUCAUCUUCUCCGGGGUCUCUAGACACCACCCCGCCUCCUCAGAAAGCGAUUCCCUAGUGACGAUUCGCGUGCGGCCUUCCUCCGAGGCGUGCCCGGAACAGACAAGCAUUAGACAAGAAGACGGGCCGAGCUUACUUUUCUACUACAUCUUCGAUGACUGGGUGUCAUCCUAUGCCCUUGUGGCGAAACGUGAGCACAAAUAUGGCGUGGCUUUAGACCGGCUGAGACAAAACAUGCUAGCCAAGCCGGUCGUGGACCUGAUUGACGAAUUGCACUGGCUGGGAAGGCGAUUGGCAGUCCUCAAGCGUCUCUACCAGAGCUACGAGCUCAUCAUGAUGCGCAUUCUUCAACGACAGCGAUCACUUCAUGAUAAAGCACGCUAUAAUUACCCUCAACUGGCUCUCGGACAGACAUUUGGAGACAACGACUCCGACGAUGCUCAAAAGCAAUCCAUGCAGAACAGCUUUAGUCUUUCAAGCAUCCCAGAUGAUUCGGUUGGAGUACCUCUGAGCUCCGCAGCUGUGACCCGGUUCGAGAGGCUGGUUGACCGCAUCAAGCUGUAUUGUCUCUCUGAGAUUGAGACAUGUUUGACAGAGAAAGAGAAUCUAACCUUCUUGAAUUUCAACUUGAUAGCGCUCAAAGAUUCGCAGGCUGUGGAGAAGCUGACCAGGAUCACUAUCCUUUUGGCGAAAGUGACGAUCCUAUUCCUACCGGUCAGCCUGAUGACGGGGUAUUUCUCAACGGAACUUCAGAAUGUCAAGGGCGAAUACACAAUCACGCAAUACUGGACCAGCUUCGGCGUCAUUAUGUUCCUGUCCUUUGUGUCGCUUGUCUUCUUCGGGUAUGUCAGUGACACUGUGGAAGGCAGGCCGAUCUACGAGUCGCUAUUCCAGAAGUUCUUCCGGGUAUCUCGAAGCAAAAUCUCACACAGUCGCAAAGACAUACGAGAUACAUGA